AUGAAAAACUCUUCACAUACGGAUCGUGGAGUCUCAGCGUUUCCUCAUUUUGAUUCAAAAUACAAAUGUUGCUGCGAUACGGUUCAUGUUAAGCAAGGAACAUUGAUGAUUGGAAUAGUUAGCGCAAUAAUAGCUGUAUUCGGAAUGUUUCAAUCUUUGUUUUCCUCAACGGAUAACGUCACUAUGGCAGUUCUUGAAAUUCUCUAUAUGACUGUGGAGGCGUUGUGUAUAGCACUACUCUUCGUCGCUAUUUUCAAGGAUAAGAAGCUACUCCUUAUUCCAUUCUUUUUGAUACAGGUGCUCUCUCUGUUAAUGUGCGCAAUCUUUACGUUACUCUGCAUAUGGGCUCUAAUUGAUGCCGAUAAUUUCAUUGGAAUAGUGAUCAAGGAGUCCGUUGUGAGCCCAGAAGAGAUGGAGAUGGAAAAAACACAUCCAGAAAUGGCGGGAAAAAUGAUCGUCCGCUUGGCGGCUGCAUUUCUGGCAACAACGUUCAUGUUGUUGUUUUGUAUGACGUUCUGGUGGCUGGUCGUUAUUCAUAGGUGCUACCAAUACUACAGCGACAUGGAAAAGCACAGGGAACCGUUCGAUACACCAGUCUCCUACAGCGCCCAACAAGGAGCACAAGUUUAUUGA